AUGCUCACUGGAGGCGAUGCGCCGUGGGCUUUCGUUGCGUCGCUAGCGGUCGUCCUGGGUAUCACGGGUGUCUGGUUCGGGACGACGUGCGUUUGGUGGUGGAAGCACGAGAGUCCUGCAGUAGCAGCUGUGGGCGCCUAUAUGUGUCUGUUGACAAUAUCGAGCAUGUUCGCUACCGCGUUUCGAGAUCCCGGGAUUUUACCGAGGAACCUGGACCCUGACCCACCAUGCCCAACGGCGGUGUCUACGGAAAGUCUGCGGGGUCCGUUACCACGAGAUAUCAAAGUACGGCGGGGAGUUGUGCGGACGAAAUAUUGUCAGACGUGCAGAACAUACCGGCCGCCACGGGCCAGUCACUGCAAGAUGUGCGACAACUGUGUGGAUGGCUGUGACCACCACUGCCAAUGGGUCAACAACUGCAUAGGGAGGCGGAAUUAUACCACAUUUUUCACAUUCCUCUUCUCCGCGGUGCUUACGCUCGUUCUGGUCAUUUGCACGUCCGCAAUACAGCUAUAUCUCCUGACGCGCGCCCCAUUUCACCUCAAUUUCCGACAUGCACUACAGACAACUGAGGGCGCCGGAGGCGCGGCUGCAUUCGUGAUGUCAAUCCUGGUGAUUUGGCCAGUAAUGGCAUUGCUACUCUAUCACACGCGUCUGCUGCUUCUUAAUGUCACAACAAUUGAGCAGAUCCGCAAUCAGGCGCACAAAUCGCUCGGGCAGGGACCUGCUCCCCCCAACCCCUUUUCGCAUGGUUCAUGGAAAAGGAACCUGGUGUACGUACUCUGUCGCCCAGCGGGGUUCUCAUGGAUUGAGGCUGCGGCGAUGGCGACGGAGGACGGACGAGAUGUAAACCCAGGGUUGCUUCGUGAUGCAGAGGGCAGUGCUGAGGACGGGUGGCUGGGGGCUGCUGAGGAAGGUAGAGCCGGACGGAAAGGAGAGUAG